AUGGAAAACAUGUCCGAGGAAACCCACGGCGAAAUGACGGAUCCACAGCACGUCCACCUAAGGUAAGGAGAAAAAAAACGGUUCAAGGGGUCCCUGUGUGAAGGUGUUUCUAUAAAACCGCGCCUCAACCUUUUUCUUUCUGCUCCUUUUCAUUCACAUGAAAAUUUUUCCUUGUUUGUAUUGAAUGUGUCAUAUACUAACAGACUGAAAUAAAGUAUGUACACAGCGCCCUAACUUUAUUGAAAUGAAGUCAUGUGUUUGGAGGUUAAGGCUCUGUUUGUGUAGAUACCAACAGUUUGGGUCGGGUCAGAACUGCUGACAUUCAUACAGCUCAUUCAGACGACUCAGAGAAUGAGAGUAUUUGGAAUUUUCCAAUAUUUAUCAUGUCUCAGAUUUGUGCACAUCAGUUUGUGAAUGACAGAUAUUGUAUAGAAAGACUUAGCUUUCAGACCCUUUACAACAAGAUCUUCAGUGCUUCUCAUCUUUUUCUUUUAGCUUCCCAUCUGAAAGCUCUGUGGAGGAAAUGGCUCAAGACAGACCAGAUCAAGAUGAGACAGAGAAAACGGAGAUUGAUAACAGCAUCAUACAGAGACUUCAAGACAGACCAGAUCAAGAUGAGACAGAGAAAACGGAGAUUGAUAACCGCAUCAUACAGAGACUUCAAUCUGGCUGGAUAGGCACUCUUCAUGUCGUUUUCCUGGUGCUGCUUUUAGUCCUAAUCACUGUCAUUGUUGGCCUGAGCAUCAAUGUUAAGCAGUUACAGAAAGAAAGGAGUCAGCUGAGACAGCUUCUAGAAUCAACACACAUGGGACUGAACCACACCAUGGAAGUAAAUCAAAAAGUGAGCCAGAGUCUGAACUUCACCGUGGAAGAAAAUCAAAAACUGAGGCUGAGUCUGAACUACACCAUGGAAGAGAAUCUGAACCUGAGCCUGAGUCUGAACAACACCAUGGAAGAAAAUCAGAAAUUGAGCAGAAGACUAAACUACACCAUGGAAGAAAAUCAGAAAUUGAGCCUGAGUCUGAACUACACCAUGGAAGAUAAUCUGAACCUGAGCCUGAGUCUGAACAACACCAUGGAAGAAAAUCAGAAAUUGAGCAGAAGACUAAACUACACCAUGGAAGAUAAUCAGAAAUUGAGCCUGAGUCUGAACUACACCAUGGAAGAUAAUCUGAAACUGAGCCGAAGACUCAACCACACCAAGGAAGAAAAUCAAAAACUGAGCCUGAGUCUGAGCUACUCUAUGGAAGAAAAUCAGAGACUGAGCCGAAGACUAAACCACACCAUGGAAGUAAAUCAAAAAGUGAGCCAGAGUCUGAACUUCACCGUGGAAGAAAAUCAAAAACUGAGGCUGAGUCUGAUCUACACCAUGGAGGAGAAUCUGAACCUGAGCCUGAGUCUGAACAACACCAUGGAAGAAAAUCAAAAACUGAGCCUGAGUCUGAGCUACUCCAUGGAAGAAAAUCAGAGACUGAGCCGAAGACUAAACCACACCAUGGCAGAAAAGUCACAGCUUCAAGUGCAGAUUGAGGAGAUGAAAAUCAUAUUGAAUUCUACUAUGGAAAACCGUGACUCUUUCAGAAAAGACAAAAUCAAAUAUCAACAGCUUUUGAUCAAUGAAAGGCAGACCUCAACUCAACUAAAAGCUGAAAAUCAACGUCAACAAUCAAUUCUGAUGUCGGAGAAACUAUCUUUCCUCUGGAGAUUCUGUGAUAAAGGCACCCUGCAAUGUUCACGCUGCCUUCCUGGUUGGGCCGAGCACGCCACACGCUGCUUCCAUUUGGCAUCACAACCAAUGAAGUGGGAAGAUGCUCGUAGGGAGUGUUUGAAUGAAGGUGCUGACCUGGCUGUUGUCUUGAAUGCUGCAGACCAGGCAUUUCUGACCAACAUGACUUUCCAGUUUACACAGCAGCAUCCAAAUGUACUGUUCCAUUCAGCAUGGAUCGGGUUGCAGGACAUGGUGCAGGAUAACAGAUUUGUGUGGGUAAAUGGUAUCAAGUCCAAGUCAGAUUUGAAGUUCUGGAUGCCUGGAGAGCCAAACAAUGCUGCGGCUCAAUGGGACAAAGACCGUGCAGGACAGGACUGUGUUGUCAUUGUCCCUCCAAAGACUGUUGGACAGAAAGGCUGGCUGAACUCCUGGGAUGAUAUUGUCUGUCGAGGCCAGCGGCACUACAUUUGUGAAACCAAAGCUCUUAUUUUGUCUGGAGUGAAAACUGAGGAAUGA